AUGGUUGGAACACGCAAACGCAGAGCUGAGGAGAGCGAAGAGGAGGAGCUUCAAUCGCUUCCUGAGGAUAGUGAGGAGGAAGAGGAGUACGACUCUUCCGAAGCCGAGGGCGAUGCCGCCUCAGACGACGAUGACGACGAAGUCGCUGCUAAGCCCGCCCCCUCGGCCUCGAAAAAGCGCAAGACAACCAAAGACGCCGCUCCCGCCGCCGAUGACGAAGAAGACGACCUAGACGACGACGACGAAGAACCCGCCGGCGAAGACGACGACGAAGUCGACCCUGCCGAGCUCGACGACCAGGAAGAAGCCGCCGACCCUGACGACGAGGAUGCGGAUGAAGAUGCAGAUGACACUGCCGACAAAUCUGGUCCUGCUGCUGCGGCUAAGAAGGCCAAGGAGAGAAACGUUCCUGGCGGCAAGGACAAGGCUGAGGUGGGCGAUAUCGAGAAUGCUGAGGAGAAGGAUGGGGGUUUGUAA